AUGCAGGGACACUUUCUACAGUUACCCAGUUACAGCCGACAACUGCCGGGCUAUGUCCCCUCAGACAUUACAAACAUGGAGGACCAAUACUCAAAGAAAUUUUCUACUUGGUCAGCAAAUUCUUUACAAGUACAAACACAAUCUAGUGAAUAUAAAAAAGAAAGCGCAGCUCGUUUCAGCGUUUCUUCUGUUCUACCCGGAACCGGAAAUGUCACUCAUAAUGUAACGCGCAUGCUUGGAGAUUCUUCAGUGACGUCUGGAAAAAUGCCUACAAACAAUCUGCGUGCCUCGCCUUACUCUUUAUACAGAUCAGACCAGUGUAUGCCAUUUAUUGAUACAAAUCUACUACAGAAUUCUACGUUGAAUGAUUCCGAUUUAAGUCAAGAAAACUCAACACGUGAUAUUUCUGCAAGUGACAUGUCAAUGUCAUCAGAGAGGUCUGUUUCGCCAUAUUCAAGCUCCAUUACCCCACCUCCGACGGCAAACAUCAGCGUUUUACCGUUGACCGUAACGCCACCUAGUGUUGACGCUUCCUUACUUGAUAAUAUGCCCUCUAGCGGUGCUUCUUCACCAAGUGAUGAAUCUUAUUCUUCAAGAUCAACGUCUACACCAGAACUUCCAUGUACUGAUCAAGAUAAAAGUAAACGGCAAACAGGAGCACAGACAAAGAAAAAGGCUCGAACCAACUUUACAAAUGAACAAAUAAAGUCAUUAUUAAAGAUAUUCUACGAGACACCCUAUCCUGAGUCUGAAAUGAUGGAAAACAUUGCAAAGGAUUUGAACAUCAAGGAAAAGCAAGUCAAGAUAUGGUUCCAAAACAAGAGAGCAAGGUCACGCAGGCGCGUUAACGACAGUAGUCAGCACUCUUUCCUACAGACGGCACCAACACCUUUCGGAUAUAUGCCAUCGGGACAAAUGAUGACGUCAUCGCCUCUUCAAAACUUUCCAUUUAAUUAUCACAUGAUGCAGGGAUAUUUUGGUCAAUACAAUAAUCAGCAUCUUAUUGGACAAAUGUUGACAAAUCAAAAUCAUCGAAAUUUUCAGGCAGCCAAUCAGUGUUUAGCUUCCAUGAAUCAUGCAACUUCUGCUUUAAGCGCGGGACCACGUGUCCCGUCAAUGUCGUCUGUUCAGUAUGGAAUGACGCUACCACAACAAAAUUCACCAAACAGACAAUUGUUACAAUACCCGGGUUAUAUGUAUGCAUCGAAGUAA